CGCAGAAAGCAGGAGCUGUCAGCUCAUUCACUCUCCUUUCAGAAAAGGAAGAGAAUAAAAGCUCUCUGGCCCUGUCUGCUUCAAAAAGACACUAGAGCUAGCGGGCAGCUUGCGGCCGGCUCCCUUCCCACGCCUGGAUCAUGCCCCGCUGCGUCUUCCUGCGGGGCCAUAGGCGAGGACUCCGUAUCUGCAACUGAGAGCUUAAACUUUUUUGACUUUUCUUCUCCCCAACAACUGAACCAUGCCAUGUGCUCAGAGGAGCUGGCUGGCAAAGCUCUCAAUGGUGGCUCAGAUCCUUAACUUUGGGGCUUUUUGCCACGGGAGACAAACUCAGCCCCGCCCGGUUCGCUUCCCAGACCCGAGGCAAGAAUAUUUUGUCAAGGCCCUGACAAAUUACCAUGUGGUGAGUCCAGUUCAAGUAGAUGCCAGUGGACAUUUUCUGUCCUAUGGUCUGCAUCACCCUGUCACCAGCAGUAGGAGGAAGAGAGCUGCUGCGGCCUCGGAGGACCGGGUGUACUACCGAAUUUCACAUGAAGAAAAAGACCUGUUUUUUAAUCUGACAGUCAACUGGGAAUUUCUUUCUAAUGGCUAUAUUGUGGAGAGGAGAUCUGGGAACCUUUCCCACGUUAGGAUGGAAGUUUCCUCAGGCCCGCCCUGCCACCUCAGGGGCACCGUUCUGCAUCAGGGCACCCCGUUGGGGACAGCAGCUCUCAGUGCCUGCCAAGGACUGACUGGAUUUUUCCAUCUACCACAUGGAGACUUUUUCAUUGAGCCUGUUAAAAAACAUCCACUGACCGAGGAAGGGUACCACCCUCAUGUCGUAUACAGGAGACAGAGCUCCAGAGCUCCAGAGACAAAGGAGUCCACCUGCGGAUUAAAGGACAGUCCUGGUAACUCUGAGAAGCAAGAGCUACAGCGAGAGAAGUGGGAGAGGAAGAACUUGCGCAGCAGAAGCCUGUCCCGGCGCUCCAUAAGCAAGGAUAGAUGGGUGGAGACACUCGUGGUGGCUGACACAAAGAUGGUUGAGUACCAUGGAAGUGAGAAUGUGGAGUCUUACAUCCUUACCAUCAUGAACAUGGUCACUGGGCUGUUUCACAACCCGAGCAUCGGAAAUGCAGUCCACAUUGUCGUGGUUCGGCUCAUUCUCCUUGAAGAGGAGGAGCAAGGAUUGAAAAUAGUUCACCAUGCAGAGAAGACACUGUCCAGCUUCUGCAAGUGGCAGAAGAGUAUCAAUCCCAAGAGUGACCUUAACCCUGUCCAUCAUGAUGUGGCUGUCCUUAUCACCAGAAAGGACAUCUGUGCUGGUGUCAAUCGCCCUUGUGAGACUCUAGGGCUGUCUCAACUGUCUGGAAUGUGCCAGCCCCACAGGAGCUGUAACAUCAAUGAAGACUCUGGCCUCCCACUGGCUUUCACCAUUGCGCAUGAAAUUGGGCACAGCUUCGGCAUCCAGCAUGACGGAAAAGAAAAUGACUGUGAGCCUGUGGGCAGACACCCGUACAUCAUGUCCCAGCAAAUUCAGUAUGAUCCCACCCCACUGACAUGGUCCAAGUGCAGCAAGGAAUACAUCACUCGCUUCUUGGACCGAGGCAGGGGAUUCUGUCUAGAUGAUAUCCCCAGAAAGAAAGGCUUGAAGUCCAACAUCAUUGCCCCUGGAGUUAUUUAUGAUGUUCAUCACCAGUGCCAGCUCCAAUAUGGCCCAAAUGCUACGUUCUGCCAGGAAGUGGAAAAUGUUUGCCAGACACUGUGGUGCUCGGUCAAAGGUUUCUGCCGCUCUAAGCUGGAUGCUGCUGCAGAUGGGACACGGUGUGGUGAGAAGAAGUGGUGUAUGGCUGGAAAGUGUAUCACAGUGGGGAAGAAACCAGAGAGCAUCCCUGGAGGCUGGGGACGCUGGUCACCCUGGUCACACUGCUCCAGGACCUGUGGGGCAGGAGCUCAGAGUGCAGAGAGGCUCUGCAACAACCCUGAACCAAAGUUUGGAGGGAAAUACUGUACUGGAGAAAGAAAACGUUAUCGCUUAUGCAAUGUCCACCCGUGCCGCACAGACACUCCAACUUUCCGGCAGAUGCAGUGCAGUGAAUUUGACACGGUCCCCUACAAAAACGAAUUUUAUCACUGGUUCCCCGUGUUUAAUCCAGCACAUCCUUGUGAGCUGUACUGCAGACCCAUAGAUGAACAGUUUUCUGAGAAAAUGCUGGAUGCCGUCAUCGAUGGCACCCCUUGCUUUGAAGGAGGCAGCAGCAGAAAUGUCUGUAUUAAUGGCAUAUGUAAGAGGGUUGGCUGUGACUAUGAGAUUGAUUCCAAUGCUACAGAGGAUCGCUGUGGUGUGUGCCUUGGAGACGGCUCUGCCUGCCAGACUGUGAAGAAGCUGUUUAAACAGAAGGAAGGAUCCGGUUACGUCGACAUUGGACUUAUUCCCAAAGGGGCAAGGGAUAUAAGGGUAAUGGAAAUCAAGGCAGCUGGAAACUUCCUGGCCAUUAGGAGUGAAGAUCCAGAAAAAUAUUACCUCAAUGGGGGGUUUAUUAUCCAGUGGAAUGGAAAUUAUAAGCUGGCCGGCACUGUCUUCCAGUACGACAGGAAAGGAGAUCUGGAAAAGCUGAUGGCUCCAGGCCCCACCAAUGAAUCAGUAUGGCUCCAGCUGCUAUUCCAGGUGACUAAUCCUGGUAUCAAGUAUGAGUACACAGUCCGGAAGGAUGGGCUUGACAAUGAUGUGGAGAAGUUGUUGUACUCCUGGCAAUUUGGCCGCUGGACAGAAUGCAGUGUGACAUGUGGAACAGGUAUUCGCCGGCAGGCUAUUCAUUGUGUCAAGAAGGGCCACGGGAUAGUGAAGGCUACUUUCUGUAACCCAGAAACGCAGCCCAGCGGGAGACAGAAGACAUGCUAUGAAAAGGAUUGUCCGCCCAGGUGGUGGGCAGGGGAGUGGGAAGCUUGUUCAAUGACAUGCGGGCCCUAUGGAGAAAAAAAGAGAACAGUGCUGUGCAUCCAAACCGUGGGCUCUGAUGAGCAGGCUCUCCCAGCCACAGACUGCCAGCACCUGCUGAAGCCCAAGGCACUGGUUUCCUGUAACAGAGAUAUUCUGUGUCCGUCAGACUGGACAGUAGGCAACUGGAGUGAGUGCUCUGUUUCCUGUGGUGGCGGAGUCCGGAUUCGCAGUGUCACGUGUGCCAAGAACCAUAAUGAACCUUGUGACAAGACACGGAAACCCAACAGUAGAGCUCUAUGUGGCCUCCAGCAGUGCCCAUCUAGCCGUAGACUUCUGAAACCCAAUAAAGAUAUAGUUCCUAGUGGGAAAAACCAACCAACAUCAGAGCAUGACCCCUUCAAGCCCGUCCCAGCACCUACAUCCUGGCCCACAUCACUGCCCACACCCACAAUGCCCGAGUCUGCGAGCACAAGCACUCCAGCAAUCAGCAACCUUGGCUCCACCAUAGCAUCUGAAGAACCAGGUGGGAUAGGAUGGCAGAGUAGUUCAACCCAAGCCAAAGAGGACUCCCACUACCUUACUUCCUCUGGAAGCACUUCCCAGCCCCUCUUUCCUUCAUGGUCUUUGAGUAUCCAGCCUGAUGAUGAAAAUGUUUCCAGUUCAGCUAUUGGUCCUACUACAGAGGGUGACUUUUGGGCAGCCACAACAAGUGAUCCUGGCUUAUCAUCUAGCAGUGUUGUGACUUGGCAGGUAACUCCAUUUUAUAACACAGAUCCAGAAGUGGAGAUUCAUAGCGGCUCAGGGGAAGACGGUGACCAGUCUACAAAGAAAGAUGAGAACAACCCUGUGAUUUGGAACAAAAUCACAGUGCCUGAACAUGAUGCUCCCAUGGAGAGGAACACAGAAAUACCACUUGGACCUCCACCAACAUCUUAUGUGGAAGAAGAGUCUUUGUGGCCUCCCUUCAGCACAGUGAUGGAAGGCUCACUGCCUGCAUGGUCCUUUAACAAUGAGACACCCAGCACUGAGGGGAUGAUCACUGAAAAAUCAAGGAAUAUUCCACUCCUUCUUGGAGGAGACCACCAGCCAGCACCCUCAGAGAAGUUGAAAAACCAUGACCACUUGGCAUUACCAAACAAUACAAAUCCAACCCAAAGCUCUGGGCCUGUCCUGACUGAGGAAGAUGCAUCCAUUCUGAUUGCUGAGGGAUUUUUGCUAAAUGUUUCCAACUAUAAACAGCUUAUGAAGGACCACAGCCCUGCAUACUGGAUUGUUGGAAACUGGAGUAAAUGCUCCACCACGUGCGGGCUGGGAGCCUACUGGAGAAGUGUGGAGUGUAGCACGGGGAUGGACGCUGACUGCUCAACCAUGCAGAGGCCAGACCCUGCCAAGAAGUGCCACCUCCGCCCCUGUGCCGGCUGGCGAGUGGGAAACUGGAGCAAGUGCUCCAGAAACUGCAGUGGAGGCUUCAAGAUACGUGAGAUACAGUGCAUGGACAGCCAGGACCACCACCGGAGCCUGAGGCCAUUUCACUGCCAGUUCCUGGCUGGCAUUCCGCCUCCACUGAGUAUGAGCUGUAACCUGGAGCCUUGUGAAGAAUGGCAAGUGGAGCCCUGGAGCCAGUGUUCCAGGUCCUGUGGAGGAGGUGUUCAGGAGAGAGGAGUCUCUUGCCCAGGAGGCCUCUGUGACUGGACAAAAAGACCAGCAUCCUCUGUGCCCUGCAACAGACACCUCUGCUGUCACUGGGCCACUGGGAACUGGGACCUGUGUACCACUUCCUGUGGCGGUGGCUCUCAGAAGAGGACCAUUCGGUGCAUCCCCUCGGAAAACAGUACAACUGAGGAUCAAGACCACUGCAUCUGUGACCAUGAAGUCAGACCCCCAGAAUUCCGAAACUGCAACCAGCAAGCCUGCAGGAAGACUGCUGAUUUAACUUGCAUGAAAGACAGACUGUCAGCCAGCUUCUGCCAGACACUAAAAUCCAUGAAGAAGUGCUCUGUGCCCUCAGUGAGAGCUCAGUGUUGCCUCUCCUGUCCACAGGCACAGAGCAUCCACACCCAAAGGCAACGCAAACAGCAGUUGCUCCAAAAUCAUGACAUCCUCUAGGUUCAGAAAGAAGCCACCAUCAGCAACCUCCACAUCCUCCUGCCCAAGAACAUCAUCUAGAAGGUCACUUCACUUAAAUUUCACUUUACACAUUCUAGGUUCAACUUUAAGUCAUAACAAAACAAAAUGCAAUGUCUGUGUAUGUGUAGCCACAAAAUGUUCCCCACAGAAAGCUUGGGGCUGGCUGCUCCCUAAUAGGAAGACAAAGUAUUUGAAAGAGUUGUGAAGCAGCUGAGAUGAGUUCCUGGGGAAAGUGCCAGAUUAGGCAAAUCUGUGAAAAGAUGUCUUUUCUCGCUUAAAGAUGAAAACAUAGAUCAGGUUUGUUUGUUUUUUGUUUUUUGGGUUUUUUUUUCCAAACUACCUCAAGAGCAUCAAGAAACAGAGCCACACUUACCCAGGGAACAGAUAAUCUUUUAAAUUUGUCUUCAUGAAUAUAUCCACCUUGGCUGCCUUAGGUAGCCACUGUUUAAAAGUCAUGGGGACAACUUUUGGGAACCCAGUAGACAAUAAGAACAGGAAGAGAAUGCUAGCUAUGGUCCUCUAUCUACCUUCCAUCUGUGCAGGACUUCACAAGUAGAAACCUAGAAUCUUGAGACAAAUUGAGGAGAUUCAAGAUUAAGUAAACACUGGCAUCUAAUGCAUCCAAAGGGGAUUAGAUUGGUGAUCCAAAAGUCACCUUGACUUAAGUUUAGUUUCUAUUAAAAGUCCUAAAAAUGCAAAUGAACAGAAAUCAACUUCUUGCUAGCAUAAGAAAGAAAAUGUGGGUUUUGUUCUUUGAACUUCCCUGGCUUUGUCAGCUCUUUCACAGCCAAAUGAGUACUCCUGUCUGCCAUUCUCUGUCUUGCCAUAUCCCUAUUUGAGUCAUGACCUCAGAUCUUACCAUCACUCCAGUGCAGAAGGGUUAUAAACAAAAACUGCUACAAAGAGGCUGUCAUGGUUGUUCUAUUAACCCUAUCCCUCUCUUGAGACAAAAAGUGAAGUUAUAGGUUGAACCACUUGAAAAAAAUAAGGUAAAUUAUAUGAAGUUUAGAAAUUUAGUCAAAAUUUAUAGUUUAGAAGACAACAAAUUCUAAAAAGUGGGCAAGAUGAUGUAUUUAGUGUAUCCAUUAGUGACUUUUAAAAGUCUUUUGCCUCUAGAGAUGUAGAGCUGGGGUAGAAUGCAGCAGGUGCAAGGUCGUAGGCUUGAUCUCUAUCAACACACAUGCAUGCACAUACACAUACACACAGAAUCAAACACAAAGGCUAAUUUACCUUGUGGAGAGUAGCAAGUAGAGAGGGUUCAGAACACUGAAAUAGAAGUUAGAAUGCUUAUUUUAGACAUUGCCCCCUACUGAAGUCGGAGUAGGCUGUGGUUGCAAACUCAGAGUGAAUUUCCAGGUGAGCCUGCAGACCGAACCUAGAGUGAAAGGAGGGUGUGUGGAGAGAUAUAAGCCCUGGGGAAAGACCUCAGAACCUACUCUUGACAAGAUGUGACAGAUCGCAUAGUUUUAGGCUUACGCACCAAUAUGCAUGUCUUCACUCUGAACUACAGUAUCCCACAGCUCUCUGCAGUUACCCAUCCAUUCAGCAGAAUGGUGCUAUUGAACUCGGUGCUAUAACCCAGGUGGUGGCAGAACUAGUAGAAACAUUACCAAGUAUUCAUAUGAACGGCUAAGUGUAUACAAACUUCCACAUGGACAUCUGCCUUGUAUGAGAUGGUGUUGCUGGCCAAUGCCAGUUUUAUUUACUCUGAGACCCUGGACACAACAUUAUAUAGCAUGUUCUUUUAAACUCUUUCCAGCCACAGCAUUCUGAUUGAUUCCUGUGGAAAAUGAAACACUGGGCUUUGCAUAAAAUUCAAGGUAGACCAGAAAUAGAAGAAAGUAGAUAUUUACUGAAGCCAGGGAAUUUACGUGUAGUUAAGCACACAUUCUUGCAUUCUGUCUUUACAUAUAAACAUUGCUGGCCAAUGACAAUCUGUGGUGAAAUAGAAAUUUUAGAGAAACACUUACAUUAUUCUGUUAGUGGCAUAAGUGGAGAAGUGGAGGAAAACUUGACUUUUUGUAAUGAAAAUUUUGCAAAGCUUAGUGGUAUAGGGUUCACAGGGAUUAAUUUAGUAAGCUAUGUGAAUUUAACUUAACCUUGUACUGUUACAGCAAAGGGGAAAGUGCAUGACAUCAGGGUCCUGGGUGUGACCAGGCUUACAAAACUCAGGAACAAACCUGGAUUUCUACUGACCUCAUCAAACUAACAUAGGCCAGAUUUCCCAAUGCAAAAAAAUAGACCAUGUCAUCUGGGACUCAUGUGGUGGAAAAUAUCGUAAGUCUGUGGGGAAGAUCUGGCCAGGUGCUCCAUUCUAGAUCUGUCUCCAGGGCCUCUGAUCAUGUGUCAUGAACAUCUCCUUCUACCAUGGUGAGACUGUUCUACGGCAUGCAUCAUUUUUGUUUGCUCUGGGAGUCAUCAGUCAGCUGUAAGUCUGUGGGGUAUCAGUGUCUCCACUGAUCUUUGAUGCUAGGGAUGCUAGAACAACCUUGAAUAGUAAGUAGGAUGACCCUGAAAACAAGAACUGGAUAAUGCCUUCAUGGGUUCAAAUAUGAAGCCUUGGUUUAUUUUAUCUGUGCCCUCCUUCAGUAACACCUUCAAGGUGUGCACAAGAACUUCAGCGAGAGACACUGUAUAUACAGUUACCAUGAGCCAGACAGGUCUACCAUAGGGCCUUGUGAGUAAAUAUGUCAUGCAGGGUUUACAUUGCUUUUCAGAGUGAUAGAAUUAUCUCUUCUCCAAAAAGUGAAAGGCCAUUUAAUUCUUGGAGAUUGAAACUGUAUUAUGCCACAAGAGAACAAUAUUCCUAGAAACUUCAUAGUAAAUACUUUGUUCAAGUCAUGAAUCAAGUCCUUAACAAAUCAACUCUUAUAGGUUUUCUUAAAUGAAAGCACACACACACACACACACACACACACACACACACACAAAACCUCUUUCCGGUCUCCUGAGACUGCCAUGUAUUCACUGGAAUUCCAAUGCAGAGCUUUCAGAGAGUCUGUUUUGACCAACCUCUGUCAAGACUCUGAAAUACAGUUUGAGGAAUUCUAUUAUUUCGGACCCUAACUUCCCAUUUAGUUAUCUGACGUUCUCGGAAAACUAUGUAUUGGUAACCUAGAAGGUACAAGCUAGCUUUUCCCUUUCUCACUUUAAGAUGAAGCUCUAGGACAGUCUAUCUGGUGCUCAGUCCAUAUGAUCCACUUUCCCAGGGAAAGACCACAUGUUAUGAGCUUCCUGGUGCUAUAACCAAUUGAAUAUAUUUAAUGCUACUCUUGUUGCUAAUUCGAAUAUUUUUAUCUUAAGUUGUGACAUUAAAAAUAAGGUGCUGGGGGAAAUGUAUUUCUACCUAUCAUUGCCCUCCAAAAUGAUGGCAUAACAUACAUGACUAACUCACUGUCUUCCCUGUGCUUCUACUUCACUAUCUGGCUCCCCAGCUGUUUGUGUACCUGAUGAGUACCUCAGUGUUAAAAUCAGAUUGUACUCAUAGUCUGUCUUUGUACGGCAUCAAUAAAUGGCCAAACUCA